AUGUGUUUAACCCGAGAAAAAACUUUGUUCAUAUCUAUCUAUCUAUCUAUCUAUCUAUCUAUCUAUUCUCUUCAUAUCUAUCUAUCUAUCUAUCUAUCUAUCUAUCUAUCUAUCUAUCUAUCUAUCUAUGUUAAUAUAUAUUUAACCUUCCAGUUUGUUUAUAUCUAUCUAUCUAUCUAUCUAUCUAUCUAUCUAUCUAUUUUGUUUAUAUCUAUCUAUCUAUCUAUCUAUCUAUCUAUCUAUCUAUCUAUCUAUCUAUCUAUCUAUGUUAAUAUAUAUCUAAUCUUCCAGUCUCUUCAUAUCUAUCUAUCUAUCUAUCUAUCUAUCUAUCUAUCUAUAUCUAUCUAUCUAUCUAUCUAUCCAGAACAAGAUCCAAUGUUGUCAGGCCACCACUCCCCACCCCGAUCUGCACCCGAUUUUGACCUCCCUUCAAUAAUGCUUUCGUUCUCGAAAUCUUUAAAUAGGAAGAGUAUUGUUUCUAUCGCGAGACGAGAGACGAGACGUCGUUCCUCGAACCGAAAUGUCGGUACGUGUUCUUGCAUGGUAAACAUAUUUGUGUUUGCCGCAGUAAAUGUUUAUUCUGCGCUCGGUGGUCCGUAG